AUGAAAAUGAAUGCAGGGUUUGAGCGUGUUAUUAAGUAUUUUGAUGAAGAUGGUGAUGGUAAGAUUUCUCCCUCUGAGCUUAGGAACCGGGUAGGCAUGAUGGGUGGUGAGUUAUUGUUUAAAGAAGCUGAAAUGGCUAUUGAAGAAUUGGAUUCUGAUUGUGAUGGGUUACUGAGUUUGGAUGAUUUUGUUGUGUUGAUGGAAGCAGCAGGGGAAGAGGAGAAGUUGAAGGACUUGAGAGAAGCUUUUGAGAUGUAUAAUGAUAUUGAGAUGUGUGGGUUUAUAACACCCAAAAGCUUGAAAAGGAUGCUUGGCAAGUUAGGAGAAUCAAAAUCCGUGGAGGAAUGCAGAGUGAUGAUUGGUCACUUUGAUUUGAAUGGAGAUGGGGUGCUUAGCUUUGAAGAAUUCAGAAUCAUGAUGCAGUGA